UUCCGUGGAAUGAGCCGUUUGUAAACAACGUUAAAAUGGAUAAAGUCAAUUAAACUGAAAAGUACAAAUCUUAAAAAAGACUGGAAUCAUGAUACACGAAAGCAAUAACGAGUUUGUGGCACUCUCAGAUGUGGUACGAAAGCAAUAUGUUCUGUAUUUGGAGCGACAGUUACAGGAGAACGUUAAAGCCUGGGCGGGGAAAUCCAGAAACCAUCACCAGCCGACUGCUCUGGCCUGCAUCCCGCAGAGCGUAAUUCAGCUGGAGGACCGGGCCCUUAAGGCAUGCAUGGCGGCACAAGUGUACCAAAGAGUAAUGGUCAAGAUGAUAACCGUUGUAAGAAAAAACACCCAGGACUGCCGGCUGGCCAAUAUUAUUUUCGAGCAAAUUCAAUCUCAAACAAGUCCUGUCAAAGGCGUGGAGGCGCCCAUUAGGGGCCACCAACUAGAGGAUAAAGCCACGCAAACGGGCUGGAGUGAAGCUCACAAUGGAUAUUUAUCUCAAACAGAGAGGGAUGAAUUUGGUAGCCAUGAGCUACAGCGAAAAAUCGAUUUAUUUCAAGCUAGCCUCGAGGAAUCUGAAACUAAAAACGAAUCUCUUUGUAAGAUAUGUCGUAGUAAAACAAUGAUCACGGAGACGAAUCACAUGGACACUCAGGCCUCACCCGUUUGUGAAACUGAAGACGAGGUAGCCCAAGAGCUGGCUACGCUCUUUGGAGACGACCGCAUCGAUCUUAAUGAUAUUUUCGGCAUUGAGCCCACCGCUGUGACCGAUGAUCCACAGAUUUCAGUCAUACUGGAGGAAAUUGAAAAGGCCGAUCUGCCAUGCUCAAAAAAGACUGAAGAAACACCCUCCCCCACAGUUCCAUCUUCUCCAUCCGUUCCGGAUAGAGGACCAGAUCUCCGUCAGAGUCGCUGGCCCUGCGAACUCUACGCCCAGAGGAAGAAGCUUAAUGCCUGUCUGAUCAGAUCAUUAGAGGCCGACUGGCGGUGCGAGGAUAGAUUGAGGGAGAUCUUUCGGGACAUCUUUGGCGAGGACAGCGAUGAUGAGUUUGCCACUGAAAUCUCGAGCCCCUCGAUCGACAUGCUUGACGAGGUGCUGCUGGCCAGCUGCUUGCGCCGGAUUUGUCCUUGGAUUGUAUGUCAAUUAAUGGGUCCUCUGGAAGAUGGCUUAAUCGCCAAUCGAUUCCUGUUCAAGAAGUUGGCCAAGCAGCUGGCUCACUCGAUUGUUAUGAUAAAUCCCUACUGCUCGGAGCAGCAAAUCAAAAAGGCAGUGGAGCAACUUUUUUGCUUAAGACCUGGAGGAAUCCAGAGCGCACAUGAUCUAACCAACUUGCCGCCCCUGGAUGUGGAGAAAUUCGAUACUUAUUGAGUAUUGAUAAGUUGUAGAUUAAUAUUUUUAAAUAUCAGAAGACCCUCGCUAUCUGAAGAUAAGAAUAUGCAUUUCAUUUAGUCAUAUCAGUAUUCAUUUCCAAAAAAAUAGUUGGCUCGAUUAAGUUUCUUAACUUAUAGGAUUAAAAAUAAAUUAAAGUGCAAAACUAUUUAAGAGCUUCUGAGGAAGGGUCUGUGAUUCCAUUUCGAAAAGCCUAUAUCUUUACUAUAUCGUUCAAUACAC